AUGAAACCCGCUGCUCUGCUGCUGUGCGCGUGCAGCCUCCUCCCGGUGGCGCGCGCGCUGCUGGGCUUCAGGCCCGAGGCCACGGGAGCAGAGCUGUCGGUGGAAGACGGAGUGCUGGUGUCCGCGGAGGGCAGCCGCUUCUUGCUGCGUGUUUACUUCUCACUGCCUCCGUCCGGGGCGGCAGCGCGGAACCGCAGCACGGCGCCAUGGAUCGCGUUUAUAGAAGAAACUGCUCCGGGACGCGAGCGUCAAGCGCACCCAAAGCGGAACCUGUGCGUCGACCGUGCGGCGCGGACGUCAGACAUCGAGGUUCUGGGCUCGUUCCGCUCCGCGUCCAGCCAUAACUCUGUGCUGGUGGAGCUGUGGGCCAAGGAGCUGCGCCGCGGGGAGCACGUCAAGUACUACUCCACGUGCGCCUUCGACGGCGCGCGCUGGGAGCACUAUCGCACGCGGGACUUCAUGGUGGCGGUGCGGGAGCGGUCCUCUCGGCCCGGACUGUGGCUGCAGCUGCUGGUGACCGCUCUGCUGCUGGCUCUGUCCGCGCUCUUCAGCGGCCUGAACCUGUCGCUGCUGGCGCUGGACCCUGUGGAGCUGCAGGUGCUGCAGAACAGCGGCACGAGCGCGGAGCAGAGCUACGCGCGCCAGAUAGAGUCUGUGCGUCGCCAUGGUAACUACGUGCUCUGCACGUUGCUGCUCGGUAACGCCGUGAUCAACGCCGCGCUGGCCGUGUGCACGUGCCAGAUCCUCGGCAUGACGUGGAUGUCCACGCUGCUCUGCGCCUUCGCGAUCUUCUUCGUGGGAGAAAUCCUGCCACAGUCCGUGGCCUCGCGCCACGGUCUCGCCAUCGCCUCCAAAACCAUCUGGGUCACGCGCCUGCUCAUGGUGCUGUCCUUCCCCAUCUCGUACCCCAUCAGCAAGCUGCUGGACCUGGUGCUGAACCAGGAGAUCUCCAACUUCUACACGCGGGAGAAGCUGCUGGAGAUGCUCCGUGUGACGGACCCGUACCACGACCUGGUGAAGGAGGAGCUGAACAUCAUCCAAGGCGCUCUGGAGCUGCGCACGAAGACCGUGGAGGACGUGCUGACGCCGCUGCAGGACUGCUUCAUGCUGAGCCUGGACGCACUGCUGGACUUCAGUACCAUGUCUGAUAUCAUGCAGAGCGGAUACACGCGCAUCCCCGUGUACGAGAACGCGCUCUCCAACAUCGUGGACAUCCUGUUUGUCAAAGACCUGGCCUUCGUGGAUCCGGACGACUGCACCCCGCUCAAAACCAUCACGCAGUUCUACAAACACCCGCUACACUGCGUCUUCCACGACACCAAGCUGGACGCCAUGCUGGAGGAGUUCAAGAAAGGGAAAUCGCACCUGGCCAUAGUGCAGCGCGUGAACAAUGAGGGAGAAGGAGACCCGUUCUACGAAGUGAUGGGCAUCGUGACUCUGGAGGACGUCAUCGAGGAGAUCAUCAAGUCUGAGAUCCUGGACGAGACCGAUCUCUACACCGACAAUCGCACAAAGCGCCGCGUUUCGCAUCACGAGCGAAAGCAGCAGGACUUUUCCAUUUUCAAACUCAACGAAAACGAGAUGAAGGUGAAGAUCUCGCCUCAGCUGCUCCUGGCCACACACCGCUUCCUCUCCGCAGAGGUGGAGCCGUUCAAAAGCGCUCACGUGUCGGAGAAGAUCCUUCUGCGUCUCAUCAAACAUCCCAGUGUUCUGCAGGAGCUCAAGUUCGACGACAAAAAAAACAAACAUGCGCCGCAGCAUUUCCUGUUCCAGAGAAACAAACCGGUGGAUUACUUCAUCCUCGUCCUGCAGGGUCGUGUGGAGGUGGAAUUUGGAAAAGAAGCCUUAAAGUUUGAGAGCGGUGCUUUCUCAUAUUUUGGUGUUCCUGCAAUAAUGCCAUCAGUCCACAGGUCUCCGUCCCGCAGCAGUGGUCUGGACCGGUCUGACUCCAUGUUGUACGGUGGGAGUCUGGGGCAGCUGAACGGAGGCUCGAACCUGUACUUACCCGACUACUCUGUCAGACAACUCACUCACCUCCAGGUUAUCAAGAUCCACGGGGACACUGCUGUGAAGCUGCCGCGCCGCUGGGGGAGCUGUGACUUCCGCUUCCUGGAGUGUCAUGGCGGCGUCCGCAUACCCGGACUAAAGCGGACUGAACCCGAACCAGGAUGGCCUCAGUUCUUCGCGGAUCUUGGAGGCUGUUGGCUCCGCCUCUUCUGCGAGUGGCCCCGCCCUCUGUCUGGAAAACUCCACUUCAGGUCAUGGUGCGAAGACACGCCUCCAAACAGGUCAAAAGUCACAGGAAAGAACCAAAGCUAA